GUGGGGAUGGAGCCAGUAAAGGAUGCCAUGACACGGCAGAAUUGUCAAAUCUGCAGUGCACAGAUUCUACAAUGAGUUGUGCAAGCCUUGCUUGAAUCUGCAGCAAAAAAAAUGAUUUUAGAUGUUGGGAGCCAUGAAGGUACCAAAAGUUGCAUAUGUGUUUGUCCUUUUCGUAUGCAUAUUAAUAUAUGUGUAUCAAAAGAAACCUUUUCAAAGAACACAGAAUGGGCUCGGAUUCGUCAUGCAGGCGACACUCGAACAACCUAUGCCUCAAGACUUCUAUGGAAUCAUGUUUGAUGCUGGCAGCACUGGGACACGCAUCCAUGUCUUCAAGUUUACCAAGUUGCCAAAUGAAUCUCCUAAACUUGCAGAUGAAACAUUCAAAGCUUUGAAGCCAGGAUUGUCGGCAUAUUCUGAUGAGCCCCAUUUGGCCACAAAAGGCAUCCAGGACCUAUUGGACAUUGCCAAAAAGUCAAUUCCUAGGAACGUUUGGGCAAGCACACCUUUAGUACUAAAAGCUACUGCUGGUUUACGUCUGUUGCCAGGAGUAAAAGCUCAGCACUUGUUGGAUAAGGUAAAGGAAGUAUUUCAACUGAGCCCUUUCCUAGUAACAAAUGAUUGUGUUAGUAUCAUGGAUGGGACUGAUGAAGGUAUCUCUGCUUGGAUUACUGUGAACUUUUUAGUAGAUAGCUUGCAAGGGGAAAAGCAUAACACAACAGGCAUGCUUGACCUUGGAGGAGGCUCGAUCCAGAUCACAUUUUUGCCUCACAGUGAGAUGACACUCCAGACCUCUCCCGUUAAUUAUAUUACCUCAAUUCAGAUGUUCAAUAGCACUUACACACUUUACUCUCACAGUUACCUAGGAUUUGGCUUGAUGUCAGCAAGACUGGCGAUUUUAGGAGGAACUGAAGGUAGACCACUUGAGGAAGGGCAAGAACUUGAAAGUUCUUGCUUAUCACCAAACUACAAAGCAGAAUGGAAGCACGCUGAAAUUGUUUACAACAUUAAAGGACAGAAAGCAGGAGAACCCAUCUAUGAUUCCUGUUAUGCAAGGAUAGAAAAAGUACUCUCCAAAAAAGUGCAUAAACCCGAAGAAGUGGGGAGUCUGUCAUUUUAUGCAUUUUCCUACUACUAUGAUAGAGCAGUUGAUGUUGGACUUAUUGAAGAAGAGAAAGGAGGCACUUUAAAGGUUGAGGAUUAUGGAAAAGCAGCCAGACGUGUAUGUCAAAGUAUGGAAUCUGAAUCAACAGAUAAACCAUUCCUUUGCAUGGAUCUUGUGUACAUAACAGUAUUGCUAGAAGAACUUGGUUUUCACAAAGAUGCAAUUUUGAAGCUUGCCAGGAAGAUCAAUGGUGUUGAAAGCAGUUGGGCCCUGGGAGCCACGUUCCAUUAUAUUGAUUCUCUUCAGAAAAAUUAAUGUGAAAAAUUAUCUUGUGUUUAUGUUAGAAAACAAUUCAAUCAGAUUGAAUUUAUGGCCAUGUAUAAAAUGUUGCUCCUCUUAGUUGGGGAGUGAGCAAUCUUCAGAUGUGGAUCUGGGCUUUUCAGAUUGUUAUACUAUUCAAAUGUAAUGUUGUGGUAUAGAAAUAGUAUUUAAUGCGUCAAAAGCUUACUAAUUCAUGCAACUGGCCAACAUAUUGGCAGUUACUUUUCUCUCAAUUCCAACAAUGGGUGAAGAGAAUGUUCUUGAUUAGUCAAUCAAUGUAAGAAAUAAUGUUCAUAUAUUGGGGGAUCUAUACUUGCAAGCUGACCCAUAACCAAAGACUGAUUUCCACAGAACAAAAUUUUGCAACUUUUCAUGAUUCCUUUUCCAAGCCAUGAAAGUAAAACUUUUUUUGUGGAAAAUACAGAGUUGACUAUUGCUACUUCACAACAUGUGAAUAGAAGUUGGCAGGAGAGUGGGGUUGAGAAACAUAUCGGCUAUGAUCGAAUGGCGAAGCAGGCUCCAAUGGCCAAAUGGCCUAAUUCUGCCCCUAUUUCUUAUGGUCUGUUAGACAUCACUAUCAAUGUUGAUUCAGCACACUGCCUAUAGUCACUGAAUGACAAAACUGACGGUUUCCAUUGGCUAAAGAUCACCAUUAUUGAGAGAAUGGAAGAAGAGUUUGAGCAGAGUUCUGGUUACCACUAGUCUCUGCCUCUUUAUUACAUUAUGAACCAGACUUAACUCAAAAUAUAUUAAGAUAGCCUAGACCCUAAAUUUUCAUGAGACAACAAGGGAUAGUAGGAACUGCAGAUGCUGGAGAAUC